AUGAUUACCUUAUUAUCAGGAAUUUUAGAUUCCCUGUAUAUCCGCAACGCGGAUAUACAGGGAAUCGAUUCGACGGAUGCGCUGAAAAUUCCCGGUGUCGUACGAGUUAUCACAGCCAUGGAUAUUCCCGGUGCGAAUAAUUAUAACCCGGCGCAGGUGUCGGCUGAGGAGCUGUUAGCCACUAAGCAGUCGCUGUUUGCUGGGCAACCUGUUGCUGUUGUUGUGGCAACAAGUCGCGAUGCGGCGGAAGCAGGAGCUAAGGCAGUAAAGGUCACCUACGCUAAUGUCAAAUCACCGUUGCUCACGUGCCAGGAUGCCAUCGAUGCGAAGUCCUUCUUCCCACCAGUGAACGAUUUGGUUAUCGGUGAUGCCGCCAGCGCCAUUAAAUCCGCGCCACACCAGAUUUCCGGCCAAAUGGAGAUCGGAGCGCAGUUUCAUUUCCAUAUGGAAACACAGGCUGCCGUUUGCCGGCCAACGGAAGAUGGUAUUGAUGUUGAGGCAGCGACACAAUGGGUGGAUUCCGUUCAGGAUGGUGUUGCACAAGUGCUCGGCAUGACCAAAAGCAGGGUUAACGUCCAAGUUAAAAGAAUUGGUGGCUCUUAUGGCGCGAAAAUCACAAGGAGUAAUAUUAUUGCCAGCGGAUGCGCGUUGGCGGCGUAUCUUGUUAACAGACCAGUUAAAUUCCAUAUGAAUCUGUGGGACAAUAAUCGCGCCAUUGGAAAACGAUUUCCUUAUUUGACAAAUUAUCAAGCUGGUUUCGACAACAACGGUAAACUGAUGGGGGUGAUUCUGGAUGUGUACGGGAAUAUCGGAGCACAAGCCAACGACUCGGCCGUCAAUGGCGAAUUAACCUGGGGAGACAAUACUUAUAACUGCGCAAAUUGGAAAAUUUCCAUGCAGAACUGCAAGACAAAUUUACCUCCUAGCACGUGGUGUCGCGCUCCCGGAUCAACGGAGGCGAUUUAUUUUAUCGAAUAUGUUAUGGAACACAUUGCCAAAGUCCUAAAAAAACCCUCCAUUUCCGUUAAACAAGCCAACUUUUAUAAAAACGGUGACAAACAAAUCACCGGUCAGAGUAUAUCAUACUGCAGCAUUGCCGACGUGACCACCCAGCUUCUUAAGUCCGCCGAUUACCAGAACCGCUUGCAAGCCGUUAACGACUUUAACAAGAACAUCCGUUGGCGGAAGCGCGGUAUAUCGGUGACCCCUAUGAAGUACGGCACCGUGUGGAACGGGAACCAGUACAGCUGUCACGUGGCGAUUUUCAACAACGGCGGUGCUGUCGCGGUGUCGCAUGGCGGUGUAGAAAUCGGGCAGAGACUGAACACCAAAGUGGCUCAGGUGGUGGCGCAUGAACUCAAUAUUCCCUUGGAUCAGGUUUCGAUUAAAGCCAAUAUGUCCUUCACAAGCGCCAAUGCCACCAGCACCGGAGGAAGCAUGACGAGUGAAUUGUGUUGUUUGGCUGCUCUGGAUUGCUGCUCUUCGUUGCUUGCUCGUAUGAAACCGGUAAAAGACUCCGUGAAAGCCGACACGCCGUGGGCUGAUCUGGUGGAAAAGUGUUAUUCCCAAGGCAUUGAUCUUUCUGCCCGCGCUUGGACUGCACCGCAGACCGCGGAUGCUCCCAUUUGCUAUAAUACAUACGGCGUGACGUGCUGCGAAGUUGAAACCAAAAUUCUAACCGGCGAAUAUCAGAUUAACCGAUACGAUGUCCUGUAUGACUGCGGUGAAUCGAUGUCGCCUUUUGUCGAUGUGGGUCAGAUUGAAGGUGCGGUCAUUAUGGGAUUGGGAUACUAUACUUCGGAGGAGUUAAAAUACGACUCAAAAACCGGUGAACUGGUGACCUAUAGCACUUGGACUUAUAAGCCCCCGUCUACUAAAGACAUUCCCAUUGAUUUCCGAGUAGAAAUCCUCCAAAAUGCUCCAAAUCCUCUUGGCGUUCUACGAAGCAAAUUGGUCGCCGAACCUCCGCUUUGCAUGACAAAUGCCGUUGUCUUUGCAUUACGGAACGCGUGCAAUGCAGCUCUGGAUGAGACAAAGAAAGGGAAUGAUUGGUUUCAGUUUAAUGCACCUGUAACACUGGAGCGAUUCCAAGGAUACUGCCAACUUGAUUUGGCGCAGUUUACAUACAAAUAGAUUCAGAAAGCCAAAACGAUGCAGCAUUGUUCAUUAGGUCAAUCCAUGUACAAAACACACUCAUAAUGUCCUUAUAAUUGUUAUAAUUUUUUUUAAAAAUUAGUCUAAGCAUGAUUACUCAUACUGUGAUUCGUGAUGAAUUAGUUAGAUUAAUGCUUUCAAUGGUGAUUUUCUGGUGGUGGUGGUUGGGAACGGCGACCGAAUUUCCGUAAGCAACAUCCUCGUAAACCGAGAUGUCCGACAAGUGUACUGACGGCUCUUCCAACUAAAAAAACCGAUGUAGUAUGUGACCUUCCGAUUUACGGCAGCAGCGAAAUCAUGUUUUGUAAUUUUUUCGUUUGAUUUAUGUACGAUAUACUGUAUCUGUUGGUAUA